AUGGCGUACGCUGCGGUAGUGUAUGCUAGAGGAAGGAACGAAGCUGGCGACAUAGUCGUGAAUCUCCUGGUCGCUAAAACCAGGGUGGCUCCGAUCAAGCAAGUGUCGCUACCAAGGUUAGAGCUCAACGCAGCGGCUCUACUAUCAACACUGAUGGAAUCAACAAUUCAAGCGCUCAGCCACCUCGAAGUGGAUCCUUGGGCCUACACGGACAGCAGCAUUGUGCUCCAAUGGUUGUCCACUCAUCCUCGCAAAUGGAAGUCUUAUGCAGCCAACCGUACAUCUGCAAUUCUAGAAGUGCUGCCGCGUGACCGCUGGAAUCAUGUGCGAAGCGGGAACAAUCCUGCCGACUGUGCCUCACGAGAUCUCACACCUAGUGAACUUGUGACGCACCCGCUCUGGUGGCAUGGGCCAGGCGAACUGAAAACGGAAGCUGAGCACUGGAAGCAAGUACCUGUCGAAGCAACCGAAGAUGAAGAGGUACUCGAGUCCCGUCGGUUGAAUGUUCUACACGCCGCAGCGAUGGCUAUCCGAACCAACUACGACAUCGAGAAUGGUCUACUAGAACGACGAUCCAACUACACCCUCAUCGUGCGCACGCUGGCAUAUGUGAACCGAUUCUUGUUGGCACUCAAGGCGGAGGACGCGAACCUCGAACCCGGACUUUCGCCGAACGAAAUCUACGAUGCCAAGGCGCAGUUAGCUCUAGCUGCACAGUACGCUUUAUACAAGCUGUUGCAGAAGGGUAAGGAUUUGCCAGCCAAACACAAACUGUCUGCCCUUCACCCCUUCCUGGAUAGCCAAGGAACGAUGCGAGUGGGAGGACGAUUGCAGAAUUCGUCUUACUCAUACGACGUUAAGCACCCAAUUAUACUCCCGGGGAAUAACAAGGUAACCGAAUUGCUGUUGCGAGAUCUUCAUCUGCGAAACCUCCAUGCAGGUCCCACACUGCUCACAGCUACAGUCAACCGACAAUACUGGGUGCUCGGACUUCAGACGGCUGUCCGCUUAAAGGCCCAAACGCAAUGUGGGCGGAAGCGGAACGGAAACGGAAAGUUUGACAGUUGUCACUAA